UAUGCGCGUUAUUUGUGGCUUGACGCGACACUGUUAUAUCUUGUAACACAAGACGCAGUGAACUUCUUCCUUCUUGUUUUCUUUCACCAAGUAGAAUAUUCUUUACUCUGAUUGUUCCCGCCAUCUGUGUGUCUCUCGUCGCUCAAAAUGGUGGACGUGAAACAGCCCAUUCCAGGUGGUGUGCCAGGAGGUGAUGGCAAAGACAAGUUCAUGACAAGUCACGAUGUUGCCUUUUACAGGCGGCAGACGCUGGGUCCUAAAAUGCAGUUCCAAGCUGUUCUAAACACGGUGAUGCUCACAGAGAAGGGGGCUCGUUUUCAGUUGCUGGAUCCAGAAACUCAGACCAAGCUGGUAACGUGUGUGUCACCUUGCAAGAACGACACGGUGAGGAUCCUGAUCGAUGAAGCGAAAGCCAUCAAACCGCGCUACCGUGUGCAAGACGUGCUCACCGAGGAGCCGCGGUGUGAAAAGCUGAGGCUGGAUGAACGGGAUGAAGACUCGGUGACGGUGUCGUGGGCUCCGGGGCGCCACAAGUGCCGUGUGUGGCGCCACCCUUUCCGUGUGGAGAUCCUGUGCGAGGAGCGGGUGGUCGUCACGUUCAACCCUCAGAGCAAGCUGUGGUUCGAGGCGCUGCAGGAACCUCCCAAGGCUGCGCCCGACACUGAGCCUGAAGAGGACAACCUAUGGCGAGAGACCUUCAGGACCUUUGUGGAUAUCAAAGCAAACGGGCCAACUAGCAUUGGUGCUGACCUGCGUCUCCAUGGAUUCGAACAUGUGUACGGAGUGCCGGAACACGCCGACAGUCUACGUCUGGCAGACACCAGAGAUAACGAACCUUACCGCCUGUACAACCUGGACGUGUUUGCCUACGAGAUCAACAGUCAUCUGGGCGUGUAUGGCAGCGUGCCUCUCGUGGUGGCUCACAGGCCGGAACAGACUGUUGGAAUCUUCUGGAUGAACGCCUCGGAUACUUUUGUUAACGUCGAGUACGGUGCCGGCGGGGAAGAGGACGACGUCGGGACUCAGACCUACACUGACGUCCACUGGCUGUCUGAAAGCGGCGUGAUCGACUGCAUGGUUCUCCUGGGACCGAGUCCUUCACAGAUGUGCCGCCAGUAUGCUGAGUUGACAGGAUACCAAGUCCUCCCGCCUCUCUUCACCCUCGGCUACCACCACUCCCGCUGGGACAAAGACUCGGAGGAGGACCUGAAGGCCGUGGACGCCGGAUUCGACAAGCACAACAUCCCCUACGAUGUCAUGUGGCUGGACAUAGAGCACAUGAACGGGAAGCGAUCUUUCACCUGGGACUCGGACUUGUUCCCUGACCCGGCAGGCUUGCAGCGCCACCUGGAGGAGAAGAACAGGAAGAUGGUGGUUAUAAUAGACCCACCCAUUAAGGAUGAUCCUGAUUGGUCCAUUUACUGCGAGGGGCGGGACGAAGGGCAUUUUGUUAUGGACAGAGACGGACAGAUCUAUCAGGGCACUUGCUGGCCAGGCGAAUGCCAUUUUCCCGACUUCAGCAACCCUCAUACUCGGGCGUGGUACGCCACAUGCUUUGCUCUGGAGAAAUACAAGGGUUCCACGACGUCGUUGCACGCGUGGCUUGACAUGAAUGAACCCACCACGUUCUACGGGCCCGAGCUGUCCUUGCCGAAGAACGCCGUGCACUACGGGGGCUGGGAACACCGGGAGUUGCACAACCUGUACGGCUUUUACCAGCAAAUGGCAGCAGUGGACGGGCUGCUGACUCGUUCGGGUGGCUCUGAGAGACCUUUUGUUCUGUCUCGUGCCUUCUUCGCUGGGUCGCAGAGACUAGGGGCUGUGUGGACCGGCGACAACAUCGCUACCUGGGAUUACCUGAGGAUCAGCAUCCCCAUGAGUCUUUCCAUGUGUCUAACAGGAAUCUCGUUUUGCGGAGCCGAUGUCGGCGGGUUUAUACCGCAUCCGGAUUCAGAGUUGCUGAUCCGCUGGUACCAAGCCGCUGGCCUGCAGUCAUUCUUCCGAGGUCACUCGUCCAUGAACACGUCACGUAGAGAGCCCUGGUUAUUUGGGGAGGACGUCACCGGCGCUAUACGAAGCGUUAUCGAAGAAAGGUAUCGUUUGUUGCCGUACUGGUACACGCUCUUCUACCGGGCUCACACGGAUGGCAUUCCGGUGCUCAGACCUUUAUGGAUGGAGUUCCCGAAGGAGCGCAGCACCUUCAGACUGGACCACCAGUACAUGCUGGGAGACGCACUCAUGGCGUGUCCCGUCACGGAAUCCGGCGUUCAGGAAAUUCUAGUCCUCUUUCCCGGAGAAGAGCAGGUUUGGUAUGACGUUAAAUCUGCAUUGGCGCUUGAAGGAGGCGGGACUCGGACUUUUCCAGUGACUUUAGACACAGUUCCAGUGUACCAGCGAGGAGGCUCAGUCGUCUGCAGGGCCGCCGUUGGCGGGACGUGUACCGCCGACCUCCAGAAGAUGCCGCUGUCCAUCACGGUGGCGCUGAACUCUGAGGGCGGCGCCAAAGGUGAAGUGUACCUGGAUGACGGGCACACUUUCGCCUACCGCGACAACAAGGAGUUCUGCCUGCGCUCGUUCGACAUGCUGUCUGGACGCCUGCGCUGCCGGGCCGGCGGGGAAAGCGGGAACUACGAGUGCAGCACUGCGGUGCAGUGGAUCACCAUCUUGGGGGUGAAGCGCAAACCGUCUUGGGUGGCCGUGCACGUGCCAGGCGAACAGAGCAACUCGGCAGAGUUUGAGUACGAUGAGGAGCGUCGCUCGCUAACCGUGGGGAAGUUGAACCUGGGCGUGGCCAACGACUGGGACAUAGAACUAUGUUAACGUUGUUAUAAACAUAUUGGAAUUUGCUGUAGUUCAAUGACACAAUUCCAUAAUGCCCUGCCUCAAUAUUCAGGUCAAAUCUGUCUUCCAUUCUGUAUUUGAUCAGCUGAGACUGUUUUGGGUCUGGCAGACUCACAAUGAAUAAAACACGGCUAACAUGCUAA